CGCCUCCUCCUAGAGCCGCACCGGGAGGCAGCGGCGCGGCGUCCAGGCGGCAGCGGCGGCUCCGCCCAGGGCAGCCCCGGGCAGCGCCGGCCGGGAAGGAGUAAGCUGUCCCUUCAACUCUCAGCCCCACUAAUCAAGGUUUCACUGAACUGCACUGAGCUCCCAGCUGGGGAUUCUGUCCCCUGCCUCUUGUACUGCACAUUGGAUCUGGUGACUCUCAAGAAAUGCUUGUCUCCUGCUGUUAAUAAAUAAUUUUGGAGUACUAUGGAUCAUGCUGAAGAAAAUGAAAUCCUUGCAGCAACCCAGAGGUACUAUGUGGAAAGGCCCAUCUUUAGUCAUCCAGUCCUCCAGGAAAGACUACACACGAAGGACAAGGUUUCGGAUUCUAUUGGUGAUAAACUGAAACAGGCAUUCACCUGUACUCCUAAAAAAAUAAGAAAUAUCAUUUAUAUGUUUCUGCCCAUAACUAAAUGGUUGCCAGCAUAUAAAUUCAAGGAGUAUGUGUUGGGUGAUUUGGUCUCAGGCAUAAGCACUGGAGUGCUUCAGCUUCCUCAAGGCUUAGCCUUCGCAAUGCUGGCAGCUGUGCCUCCGGUGUUCGGCCUGUACUCUUCAUUUUAUCCUGUUAUCAUGUACUGUUUUCUUGGAACCUCCAGACAUAUAUCCAUAGGUCCUUUUGCUGUUAUUAGCUUGAUGAUUGGUGGUGUGGCUGUUCGAUUAGUACCAGAUGAUAUAGUCAUUCCAGGAGGAGUAAAUGCAACCAAUGGUACAGAAGCCAGAGAUGCCUUGAGAGUAAAAGUUGCCAUGUCUGUGACCUUACUUUCAGGAAUCAUUCAGUUUUGCCUAGGUGUCUGUAGGUUUGGAUUUGUGGCCAUAUACCUCACAGAGCCUCUGGUCCGGGGGUUUACCACUGCGGCAGCUGUGCAUGUCUUCACGUCCAUGUUAAAAUACCUGUUUGGGGUUAAAACAAAGCGGUACAGUGGCAUCUUUUCAGUGGUGUAUAGUACAGUUGCUGUGUUGCAGAAUGUUAAAAACCUCAACGUGUGUUCCCUAGGCGUCGGGCUGAUGGUUUUUGGUUUGCUGUUGGGUGGAAAGGAGUUUAAUGAGAGAUUUAAAGAGAAACUGCCAGCACCCAUUCCUUUAGAGUUCUUUGCGGUGGUAAUGGGAACUGGCAUCUCAGCUGGAUUUAACUUGAAAGAAUCAUACAAUGUGGAUGUCGUUGGAACACUUCCUCUGGGGCUACUACCUCCAGCCAAUCCAGACACCAGCCUCUUCCACCUCGUGUAUGUGGAUGCCAUUGCCAUAGCCAUUGUUGGAUUUUCAGUGACCAUCUCAAUGGCCAAGACCUUGGCAAAUAAACAUGGCUACCAGGUCGAUGGCAAUCAGGAACUCAUUGCCCUGGGACUGUGCAAUUCCAUUGGCUCACUCUUCCAGACCUUUUCUAUCUCGUGCUCCUUGUCUCGAAGCCUUGUUCAGGAGGGAACCGGAGGGAAGACACAGCUUGCAGGUUGUUUGGCCUCAUUAAUGAUUCUGCUGGUCAUAUUAGCCACUGGAUUCCUCUUUGAAUCAUUACCCCAGGCUGUGCUGUCGGCCAUUGUGAUCGUCAACCUGAAGGGGAUGUUUAUGCAGUUCUCAGAUCUCCCCUUUUUCUGGAGAACCAGCAAGAUAGAGCUGACCAUCUGGCUCACCACGUUCGUGUCCUCCUUGUUCCUGGGAUUGGACUAUGGAUUGAUCACUGCUGUGAUCAUUGCUCUGCUGACUGUGAUUUACAGAACCCAGAGUCCAAGCUACAAAGUCCUGGGACAGCUUCCUGACACUGAUGUGUAUAUCGACAUAGAUGCAUAUGAGGAGGUGAAAGAAAUUCCUGGAAUUAAAAUAUUCCAAAUAAAUGCCCCCAUUUACUAUGCAAAUAGUGACUUAUAUAGCAACGCAUUAAAAAGAAAGACUGGAGUGAACCCAGCAGUCAUAAUGGGAGCCAGGAGAAAGGCCAUGAGGAAGUAUGCUAAGGAAGUCGGAAAUGCAAACAUGGCCAACGCAAUUAUGGUCAAGGCGGAUGCAGAAGUAGAUGGAGAGGAUGGAACUAAGCCUGAAGAAGAGGAUGAUGAAGUCAAAUAUCCCCCGAUAGUCAUCAAAAACACAUUUCCUGAAGAACUGCAGAGGUUUAUGCCCCCAGGGGAUAAUAUUCACACCAUCAUCCUGGAUUUUACUCAAGUCAAUUUUAUCGAUUCUGUGGGAGUGAAAACCCUGGCGGGGAUUGUAAAAGAAUAUGGAGACGUCGGUAUUUAUGUAUAUUUAGCAGGAUGCAGUGCACAAGUUGUGAAUGAUCUCACUCGAAAUAGAUUUUUUGAAAAUCCUGCCUUAAAGGAGCUGCUAUUCUAUAGCAUCCAUGAUGCAGUUCUGGGCAGCCAAGUCCGAGAGGCACUUGCUGAACAAGAAGCCUCAGCUCCCCCUCCCCAGGAGGACUUGGAGCCCAAUGCCACUCCAACCACACCUGAAGCAUAGACGAGGACCUCGGCCUGGGAUGGAUGCCUCUCUUGAGAAAUUCCUACUUUGUACUUUGAAAUACUAGAACCUAGAUUUUUUUUUUCCCUAAGAGUAAUACUAGUAGUUAUGGCUUGAUUUGGAGGGUGAAUGACGUGUAGCAUGAUGUAUCUACUUGUGUGUGUUUUUUAAAUUGAAUACUCUUGCAAUGUGCUUUUUGUGCAGUGAUAUUUCUAUUAUAGUUUUUAGUAUUAUCCCUGCAAGCCAAGCACUUAAAAAUUUAUUUUAAAGUAUUUAAAAUACUGUAGCUACAAAUAGGAUAUACUGUCACUAGAUGGGCAGUGGUACCUAGGUUUUGUAGUUGUUUGGCUACAGAUUGUCUAUAAUCAGUUACCUAUCCAAAAAAGGAAAUCUAUAAUUGUCUAGAAGUUCUUGUUUUAAGAUAACCUUUUAACAUUACAGAAGAGAUAGAAGUGCAUUGUGGACAUUUUGAAAAAAAAAUAGAUAAGCAAAAUAGGAAAAUAAAAAUAUUGUAUUACCACCACUCAGGGAUGACCACUAUUGACGGCUCAAUGCAUACAUAUCCUUCUGGAUUUUUUCUAUGCAUAUAUAUUCACAUUUUUAACAAAACAAGAUCAUAUCUGCCUAGUGUUUUGUAGUCUUUUCUUUUUUUUUUUUUUGUCAGCAAUCUCCACAUUCUAUUCCAGAACAUUUUUUAACCUCAGACCAUAUUCCAGUUUCCUGGCUGUCCCCAAAUUUGCAGUUGAUUUGUCUAAACUGGUAUUCAUUCUGUGAUUUUUAUAUUGUACCUGGUCAUAUCCCUUAAAUCUUAUUUUAACCUAGCAUGGUUCCUUUUUUCAUUAUAUUUACUUGUUAAAAAGACUGGGGAAAAGUUGUCUUAUAUAAUUCCAUCUUGUGGCCAGGUUUGAUGGCACACGCUUGUAAUUCUGCAAGGUGGGAAGUUGAGCCAGAAGGAUCUUGAGUUUGAGACCAGCCUCAAUAAUUUAAUAAGACCCUGUCUUAAAAUAAGAAACAAGAACAAGGAUGUAGCUCACUAGUAAAGUGCUCCUGGGUCCAAUCCCAACACCACACACACACACAAAAAAUUCUGUCUUAUAAGUUUGUCUAGUUUUUUUUCCCACAAUGUUAGUUUGUUUCUCUAUUCUCUAUACUACCUACAGUCUGAAAGUUUCACCUAAAGGUUCAUGGAUUUGAGUUAAACAUAGAUAUGAGAGAUAUAUUGUAGAUAAGAUCCAUACUUCAUUUUGCAUCACAUCAGAAAACAUAACUUCUAGUUCAUCUACCACUA